GCCGCGGGGCACGGCGCCGAGGCUGGUUUUUCCCGCGAAAGCCGGCUGCGUCUGGGAGGUCGGCGGUUCGCGCGGCGCGGCGCGGCGAGGGCAGGGCGCGGAGACGGCCGGGCGGUGCAGUCAUGUCGGGCUUUGACGACCCGGGCAUCUUCUACAGCGACAGCUUCGGUGGCGACCCGGGUGCCGACGAGGGCCAGGCCCGCAAGUCGCAGCUGCAGAGGCGCUUCAAGGAGUUCCUGCGGCAGUACCGCGUGGGGACCGACCGCACGGGCUUCACCUUCAAGUACAGGGAUGAACUCAAGAGGCAUUACAACCUGGGGGAGUACUGGGUCGAGGUGGAGAUGGAGGACCUGGCCAGCUUUGACGAGGAGCUGGCCGACCACUUGUACAAACAGCCCGCCGAGCACCUGCAGCUGCUUGAGGAAGCUGCCAAGGAGGUGGCAGAUGAGGUGACCCGGCCACGGCCUGCAGGUGAGGAGCUGCUCCAGGACAUCCAAGUCAUGCUUAAGUCAGAUGCCAGCCCAUCUAGCAUUCGGAUUCUGAAGUCAGACAUGAUGUCACAUCUGGUGAAGAUCCCUGGCAUCAUCAUCUCGGCCUCUGCAGUUCGUGCCAAAGCUACCCGUAUCUCCAUUCAGUGCCGCAGCUGCCACAACACCCUCACCAAUAUUGCCAUGCGCCCAGGUCUAGAGGGCUAUGCCCUUCCCAGGAAGUGCAAUAUGGAUCAGGCUGGGCGCCCAAAGUGCCCAUUGGACCCAUACUUCAUCAUGCCUGACAAGUGCAAGUGUGUGGACUUCCAGACCCUGAAACUGCAGGAGCUGCCUGAUGCAGUGCCUCAUGGUGAGAUGCCCAGGCACAUGCAGCUUUACUGUGACAGGUAUCUGUGUGACAAGGUUGUUCCUGGGAACAGAGUCACUAUCAUGGGCAUCUAUUCCAUCAAGAAGUUUGGUUUGAACUCCAGCAAGGGCCGGGACAGGGUGGGUGUGGGCAUCCGGAGUUCCUAUAUCCGGGUCCUGGGCAUCCAGGUGGACACGGAUGGCUCUGGCCGCAGCUUUGCUGGGUCUGUCAGCCCACAGGAAGAGGAAGAAUUUCGUCGCCUGGCUGCCCUCCCCAACAUCUAUGAGCUCAUCUCCAAGAGCAUUUCCCCCUCCAUAUUUGGGGGCAUGGAUAUGAAGAAGGCUAUAGCCUGCCUGCUCUUUGGGGGUUCCCGGAAAAGGCUCCCUGAUGGACUCACUCGCCGGGGUGACAUCAACCUGCUGAUGUUGGGGGACCCUGGCACAGCCAAGUCACAGCUUCUGAAGUUUGUAGAGAAAUGCUCUCCCAUUGGGGUGUACACAUCUGGAAAAGGCAGCAGUGCUGCUGGCUUGACUGCCUCAGUGAUACGGGACCCCUCAUCCCGAAACUUCAUCAUGGAAGGUGGAGCCAUGGUUCUGGCUGAUGGUGGGGUUGUCUGUAUUGAUGAGUUCGACAAGAUGCGGGAAGAUGACCGUGUGGCAAUUCACGAAGCCAUGGAGCAGCAGACUAUCUCCAUUGCCAAGGCUGGGAUCACUACCACCUUGAACUCUCGCUGCUCUGUUCUGGCUGCAGCCAACUCAGUAUUUGGCCGAUGGGAUGAGACAAAAGGGGAGGAUAAUAUUGACUUCAUGCCUACUAUCUUGUCCCGGUUUGACAUGAUCUUCAUCGUCAAGGAUGAGCACAAUGAGGAGAGGGACAUGAUGCUGGCUAAACAUGUGAUCACUCUGCAUGUGAGUGCACUGACACAGACACAGGCUGUGGAGGGUGAGAUCGACCUCGCCAAAAUGAAGAAGUUCAUUGCCUACUGCCGAGCAAGGUGUGGCCCUCGGCUGUCGGCAGAGGCUGCAGAGAAGCUAAAGAACCGCUAUAUCAUCAUGCGAAGUGGGGCCCGCCAGCAUGAGAGGGACAGUGAUCGCCGUUCCAGCAUCCCCAUCACUGUGCGGCAGCUGGAGGCUAUAGUGCGCAUUGCUGAAGCCCUUAGUAAGAUGAAACUGCAGCCUUUUGCCACUGAGGCCGAUGUGGAGGAGGCUCUGAGGUUAUUCCAGGUGUCUACAUUGGAUGCUGCUUUGUCUGGCAAUCUGUCAGGGGUGGAAGGCUUUACUACCCAGGAAGACCAAGAGAUGUUGAGCCGCAUUGAGAAGCAACUCAAGCGCCGCUUUGCCAUUGGCUCCCAGGUGUCUGAACACAGCAUCCUUCAGGACUUCACCAAGCAGAAGUAUCCAGAGCAUGCCAUUCGGAAAGUGCUGCAGCUCAUGCUGCGCAGGGGUGAGGUUCAACACCGCAUGCAGCGCAAGGUGCUCUACCGCCUCAAGUGAGCCCGCUGCCCAUCAACCCUCAGACCUGAAUGCUACCACCAUUCCACCUCUCAGUCAGUGUUCUUGCACUUCUGCCUACCUUCAUCAGAAGAAAGAUGUCCUGCCUCACUGCCUUUGACUGCUGUCUGCGGUGCAUCUGCAUCCCCUGGAAAUGUGCUUUGGUCUAUUGGCCUUAUACACUGUGUUUGGGUGUCUGAAGGCUUGGCUGUAGGUACCUAGUCCCUGUUCUGCCUCCUCAGUAAGAUAGGUCUGGAGCAGGAACAGGCUCUGUGUAGGUAUAUAGGUCUACACAUUGGCUCCUGGACUGCCUGACUGCCAAGCUUCUUCAUGUGUUCAGAGGAAAUAAAUCUUGGGCUGCUAACAGCAGUGGAGCCAAUGUGACAGUGGUUCUGUGUGAAGUGUGCAGCGCCUGGUGUGAAAACUGGAUCAUUCGCUAAGCCUGUCUGUGCCUCAGUUUCUUAAUCUGCAAACAAGUUUGACAUUGCCUCACAGGGUUGAGCUCAGUGAGUGAGUGACUCAGUCAGUGAAAACCUUUAAGUAGGCUGCAGUGUAGAAAGCCUCCAGUGAUGUUUGGGGUUUUAUUUAUAGUAAAGUGGGCUAGGUGAGUUUCUGAGCCCCCCAUGCUGUGUGUCCCUGGGAAAGGAACCAGAUUUCAGGUUUUAUCAGUAACAGCUGGGAGGACCUGACCCAACUCCAGCAUAGUAGGAAGUACUGGGAAAGCAUUGUUAAAGGAAGAUGCUGCAACACUUUUAUUACCAAAAUGCCACAAAGAGUUUUGUUAAGCUUUUAGAAAUCUAGAAUUCACAAAAUAAAGGAAAGGUGAAUGAAAUAAAGUGUCCAUUAUAUAAAGUGUAUUUAUAAAUGGGAAGCAUCAAAUGAAUUGAGCAGUGCUGAAACACUUCAGUCACCGACAGUAAAGCCACUGUAGGAGUGAAGCUGCAGAAAACAGGUAGUACAAACAAGCAUUCUCUCAUAGUUGUGUCCUGUGCUGAAAUUGCUGCUUGAGGUGCCUGCCUCUGUGUGCCUCCUGGAAAUGUGCUUGCUCCUGACUCAUGUUCUGAGUCAGGAUUGAUUUGCGAACAUGGAAUGGAGUGUGCUUGUCUGGAAGGAAGGCUUGGUGAGAGCAUUUCAUCAUGGAUACUUGAGGCCUUGAGUAGAAUUCAUGGACAUGUUGGCCUGCAGAAGUGGUUGUUUGAGUGGAAAUCACCAGCAUGGUACCCAUUUUUUGGUAGACCAUUCCUGGCAGGCACAAUACUAAGGGAGAAGCUUGGCUUGCAGGGAAUCAGAGUGCUAGGGAGUUUGAAGCAUUAUGAGGAAAAGUGGCCAGGAAAAUUCCUUGGGAUUGGGGGUUAGUUGGUUUCUGAAUCUGAGCUGAUGUGGCCAAGCAACUGUAGCCCUGCACAUAUAUCCAGGAUAGUCUAAACAUCUACUUUCCCCCUCUUUCCUCAUGUUCCCAUGGUCCUCUGUAGUAUUUGAAGCAGUGCUCUGAUGGUUUAGUUAAGGAGAGCAUCAACCCUGCUCCCUGCUGUGCUAAGAAGGGGCUGGCUUUCAUUGCUUCUGCCAGCAGCUUGAUUUUCUUAGUUUGGCAUGCUUGGGCCUCCUGGUGGUCCCUUGCCCAAGAUAUAGCCAUUUCAUAUCCCUUGUUGGUCUUUCAGCUUAAAUAUUAUUUGUCCUUAGCAUAUGUGGUGAUUCCCCUGCAGACUUUACAGAAGGCAGGGAAAAACAAUCCAUGAAGAGACAAGAAUGGAACUUGGCUCAGCAUGUUUUUAUUUUAAUCAUAUUUAAGCACAGCACAAGUUUGGAAAGAAGUAUUCAGAUAACAGUUAACUCAGCCCCCAGUGCACAACAAUUAAGACAUGUUCACAUUGAGAUUCCUUACAUCUGAAUUCUUUCACAAGAAUGGGUACUGUUGACUCAGUACCCGAGGUUGAGGGUCUAGGGACUUCGACUGAGGUAAACAUAUAAUGCCUGUGGGUGUUAGGAUUGACCUGGCCCUAAGAUAACAUAGAAGUCACCUAGGCUGUUGUAAAGCACAAGUGACAUCAUAAGAGUGGGCUUUAUGCUGAGCGGUGAUGCACACCUUUGGUCCCAGCACUUGGGAUAUAGGGGCAGGUGGAUC